AUGCAGAGGCAUGUCGGAAGGUGCCAGACGCUGUUCGAUUUAGAAUGCAAGAACUCUGGUUGGGCACAUGUUAGAAAAGAAAGGAAGUAUGGAUAUCAAGCAAUCGAUGCCAUUGCUAGCAUGGGGGCAGGUUAUAAAGGUCCGAGCUUUCAUGAUCUUAGAGGAUAUUUAUUGACAAAAAAUGUUGAGGAGGGAACUGUUUUCUUGAAGUCUGUCGAUGCUUCAGAUGCUUCGAAAACUGGGGAGAUGCUUUACAAAUUAUUCAGAGAGGUGGUCCUAUUUGUUGGUCAAGAGAAUGUUGUUCACUUUGUGACUGACAAUGCCGCUAACUACGUGGCUGCUGGUCGUUUGUUGGAGCAGGAGUUCAGGACAAUAUUUUGGUCUCCUUGUGCAGCUCAUUGCAUUAAUUUAAUUCUCAGUGAUAUUGGUAAGUUGGACGAGGUGAGUGAUAUUGUGACUCAUGCUUCGAAGAUUACUAAGUAUAUCUACAAUCAUUGCUUUGCAUUGAAUCUGAUGAGAAAAUUCACUGGUGGACGAGAAAUUCUACGCCCUGCUCCAACUCGUUUUGCCACUAAUUUCAUUGCAUUGCAGAGUAUUUUGGCACAACAGAAUGCUUUGAGGGCUAUGAUUAGUGAACCUCUUGUUCGUGUAUUACGUAUUGUUGAUAGUGAUGAAAGGCCUGCUAUGGGAUUUUUGCUUGAAGCAAUGUACAAAGCUAGGGAAGAGAUGUUGAAAAGAUUCAAUAAGAGAAAGAAGAAGAUUGAGCCGUAUAUCAACAUUCUUGAUGCUCGAUGGGAUAGGCAACUCCACAAAAAUUUGCAUGCUGCUGGGUAUUGGUUGAAUCCCAAUAUCAGUAUGACUUGA